GUACGUUGCUUUGGAGUGACUCGCUGUUGGUCAGAGAUGGAUUUUCCGGAUGACUUCUUGCUGGCCGAGCUGAGUCACCUGCAGCUCUACAAUGACUCACUCUACCAGGACAACUUCAGCAGCCCUUACAACGACACCGACGCCCUGCUGCCUACGGGGGUGAAGGUCACCAUCGUGGUCGUCUACAUGAUCGUCUGCGUCAUCGGCCUGGUGGGAAACUUCCUGGUCAUGUAUGUGAUCAUAAGAUACACAAAGAUGAAAACGGCGACGAACAUCUACAUCUUUAACCUGGCUCUGGCUGACUCUCUCUUCCUGGCUACGUUACCGUUUCAGGGCACUGACGUGUUUCUGGGCUUCUGGCCUUUCGGUAACGCGCUGUGUAAAGCGGUGGUGUCCAUCGACUACUACAACAUGUUCACCAGCACCUUCACGCUGACGGUGAUGAGUAUGGAUCGAUACGUGGCCGUCUGCCAUCCCGUCAAGGCACUGGACAUGAGGACCCCUCACAAGGCCAAGGUGGUGAAUAUCUGCGUGUGGGUGCUGGCGUCAGCCUUUGGAGUUCCAGCCAUGGUGAUGGGAAAUGUGGAGGUGGAACUAGAGCACAAAAGUAUUGAGUGCAUUGUGGUUUUACCUGAACCUAAAAGCUACUGGGAUCCAGUCUUCGGCACCUGGGUCUUCCUCUUCUCCUUCCUCAUUCCUGUCGCCAUCAUCAGCAUAUGCUACAGCCUGAUGGUCAAGCGUCUGCGAAACGUUCGCAUCCUGUCUGGCUCCAAAGAGAAGGACCGUAACCUGCGGCGCAUCACCAGGAUGGUCCUGGUGGUGGUGGCAGCAUUUGUCGUCUGUUGGACCCCCAUCCAGAUCAUGGUCCUGGCUCAGGCGCUGGGCUUCAACCUGAGCAGCCUGUUCACACUGGUGUUAAUGCACUUCUGCAUCGCGCUGGGUUACGUCAACAGCAGCUUGAAUCCGGUCCUUUAUGCCUUCCUGGAUGAGAACUUCAAGCGCUGCUUCCGUGAGUUCUGCCAGCCAUCACCAUUCCGUCUUGAUACUCAGCAAUCGGGCAGGAUGAGGAGCAUCGCGAGGGAGGUGGCAGCGGCCUACAGCUGCAAGGCCGGAGAUGGCAGUGGGCCUGGGGGAGGCACGCCUAAUCCCGCAUGACUAGGCGUGGAACUCCCCUUGGGGGGUAUGGACCCCACACAGAGGGGAGAAACUCCAGGGACAGGGAACUCGAACACAGAGUUAACACAGAUCACUGCCCUCUAGCGGCACGAGCCCCCUCACCCCCCAGUGAGACGUCUGGCUUGGGGUGGGGGGGAGGAUGUAGACGAAGAUGGGAUUGAGGGGAAAAGAAUCUAAAAAU